AUGAUUAGAGAUGUGAAUAAAGUGAAGAGGCUAGAGUUUGCCACUUCAAUGCUGACACAAAACGAAAUUUUUGCUGAUUGCGUAUUCACCGACGAGAGCACAGUAGAAGUGUUUACAUCCUCAAAAUUUUGCUACACCAGACUUGGUAAGUACAGAGCCCGGCUUCGAGCAAGGCCCAAGCAUCCGGCAAAAGUUCACAUAUGGGGAGGCAUCUCUAUGAGAGGGACUACCAGUCUAGCUAUUCUGCCUGGUCAUAUGCGAAUCAACAGUGCCACAUACUGUAGGAUUUUGGAAAAGUGUUACUUGAAAUUCCACAAUACUAUCUAUCAUGGAUUCGCAAGAUUGGUACACGACAAUGCACCCGCGCACACAAGUGUAUUCACAAAGAAGAAACUUGACGCAUGGAAAAUAAAAGUUCUGGACUGGCCCCCCGAGUCACCAGAUCUCAAUCCCAUCGAACUAAUCUGGGGGAGUAUGAAGAGUUUCCUAAGAAGGCACUCUAUAAGAAAUCUCCACGAGCUGAAGCUCGCGAUCAGAGAGUUCUGGAGAACACUCACGCCGCAAAAAUGCAAAAGAUACGUAGAGGGUAUACAAUGGAGACUACAGGAAGUCGUCAAAGCAGAAGGUGGAAAUAUAAAAGAAAAAAAGCCAGCAUCCACUUCUCGCGUCGACCCCGAUCUCCCAAGCACUUCUCAUGCUGAUCCAUUUUCUCCGACCACUUCUCACUCUCCAAGCACCUCUCGCCUUGAUCCCUCAUCGCCGGACACGUCCCGCGAUCUCUCAUUUUGA